AUCUCACAACCACCACGUAUCGCUGCGCGUCGCUUGUUCAUCCCUCCUCGCUGUCAUCGUACACCAUCCGUCACAUAACAUGUCCUCUGAACCUGCGAAAUCGUCGUCAUCGUCUUCGGCGUCGCCUCAAGAAGGUGCUCAACCUCCACCGGUUCCACAAUAUGCCCAGCCCCCGCCCUACGGUGGCCACUACCCUCCCCCACCUGGCCCGUACCCGCCCUUCUACGCCUACCCUGUCCCCGACCCUUCUCAUCACGAUCCGAACGCGCCCAAUGGCGCACCUGCGCAACCGGUUGCGCCGUUUUUCAUGGCUGUCCCCCCGCCGCCACCUGGAAUGGUGUACGCGUAUCCGAUGCCACCCACAGCGCCUGGGUAUCCCUACGCUGCAGGUCUGCCCCCACCGCAGCCUACGCCCAAAGCAAAGCGCAAGCAAGUAAAGAUGGCGUGCACAAAUUGCGCCGGUGCUUGUAAACGCUGCGACGAGGCACGCCCCUGUGACAGAUGUGUCAAGUACGGGCUCGCGGAGACAUGUGUAGACGGGGUGCGCAAGGAGCGCAAGAAGGGUAUCAAGCGCGGCCCAUACAAGCGCAAGAAUCGUAAUGCGUCUGGUGAACCUUCUACUGCAGGGGAAGGAGACCAGCCGGUGGCUGCACCCGCCGGCUACCCUAUGCCUCCUGAGGGCUACCCGUUCCCAUUCGUCUAUCCGCCGUACGGAUACAUGCCCCCGCCCGCCGACGGGCAGCAGCACCCCGAGGGCGCCCCGAACGGCGCCCCACCAAUGCCGCAUCCCGUUUACCCGCCUUAUCCCACCAUGUAUCCCCACCCGUACGGCGCGUACCCGGGCGCGCCUCCCAUGGGGUACCCUCCGAUGAUGGGCGCCCCCGUCGCCACUUCCCCCAACCCCUCUGCGAAGCCCGACUCCUCUGGGCCUGCCCCUACGAAUGGUUCAGUGUCGGCGGAACCGACGAAGAGCAAGAAGCGCUCGCGAGCCAAGGGCGAAGAGGGCUCUCGGUCGCACAAGAAGCACAAGGAGGCCCGCGCGGACGACGGGCAGCCGGGCGGCGAGGCGCUGCCGAAGGAUCCCCCGCAACCGUCGCCCUUCGUGGGUCACCCUGAGGGAGGACCGGCCGCUACGUUCAACGGGCCGGAGCCACGCCCGCUCAUGGCGACGAUGUGACGACUUCCGCGGUCGCCGGCAGACAACCAUCUACGUCUGCGCCGCUGUUGGACCGCUGCCGUCCUGCGCACGUCAUUCUCCUGGGAGAUGUGUUCGGUCUUUGUGGUUGCGGCCACAUGUUGCCUUCCCCGGCCGGCGUCGAUGUGUUAUCGCAAUAGAUAUCGCACGUUCUCGUUCUCGUUCCCUGUCUCGGUCUUGGCUGCCCGGUCUCGGCUCCACGCACGGCGCUGAACCCAUCUUCAUGUUCUUUGAGCACCAACAGUGUCACGGACCUCCCCCACGCCAGCUGUCGCGGCCCCCGCACGGCCGGCGAUGCGGUGGGGAACGGAUGCUGUUGCUGGCCAAAAAGCUGCAGAGUGGUUUUGUAUGUGCGCCCUGGCUUAUAACUACCGCGUAUAGAACAAUCUCGAUGGGCUCUGUAUGUAUAUGUCGAUCGUGUCCCGUCUGGGCUCGAUCUAGGGUACCGAAUAGGGUCUGCUUUGUGGUGUUGUGUAUGUGUACGUUGUGUUGUUUUGUUCUCCUUUCCGUUACGCCGCCUUCGAUUUCCGUGUCUGUCAUGUAGUGGCAUAGAAGCGUGUCUCGAUCACGAUUCCCGCCACCACGUCGGUGGCGGAGGAUCGGGGUCGUCCACGAUUGGUUCUAGGAUCGAUCAUGUAUGCUCUUUCGCUUCUUGUUUUCUGUGUACGAAUAACUCUGGUAUAUAUAUGAUCAGGUGUCAAUAUAUCUGCG